AAAAAUUACAGUUUAAGGGCUUAUGUGUCUUUGCGCAUGUUUUCUCCACGGAUUUUGUAAUAUUCCAAUCACUUAAAUGGGAGGAUACCAAACCAUCCUAAGAGUGAAUUAGCCGUACGAUGUAAUUGCCAAUAAGAGCACAACUGAAAAGAAGACCUGGGUGUCGAAAGGUUUUCUGUCCCUCAAAAGAAGGAAUGGAUGAUCAGGAGACAGUUCUGAAACAAGUGUUUGGAGAAUCAUCAGAUUCGGACUCCAACGACUGUGAACAACCGCAGCAGCACGAAAUUAGAUCUGAGAAUUUGGGUCAAAUUCCCAGCUGGCUACAUUUUAAGGUAAUCAAUGGAUUAUAUUUGUGCAGAGACUUUCUGUCUCCUCAAGACCAAUCUUCUUUGCUCUCUGCUGUCCAAAAUGAAGGAUGGUUCACCGACGCCUCUCACAACCAGGCUAUGAGGUUUGGAGAUCUUCCAACAUGGGCAAUAAAGCUUUCUAAUUCUAUUCGUGAGGCUGUGCUCCUCAGUGAUAAUGACUUAGCUAGCUGUGAUGGGGACAAGGAAGCCUGUCCUUUGGCAUCAGAUUUGUUAUGGAGGGAGCCUCUAUUUGAUCAACUAAUUGUUAAUGUUUAUCAACCAGGUGAGGGCAUUUGUGCGCAUGUUGAUCUGAUGCGAUUUGAUGAUGGCAUUGCCAUUGUCUCCCUGGAGUCUUCAUGCGUGAUGCAUUUUACCAGAGUGAGAGAAGGCUCUUCAACUGGCAAGAGAGAAACAGAGGAUCCACCUGCUGAAAAGGUUCCAGUUUACUUAACUCCAGGAUCCUUAGUUGUCAUGUCAGGAGAAGCUCGCUACCAUUGGAAGCAUGAAAUAACUCGCAAGCCAGGCUUUCAGAUAUGGCAAGGGGAGGAGCUAAAUCAAAAACGGAGAACCUCCAUAACCCUAAGAAAACUUUGCCGUGUUGAUUAGAGCAUGCUUACCGCUAAAUUUUGGGUGUUAUUCUUCUAUAUUCAAGUUCAAUUUUCACAGAAAACCUCAUAGAAAGAUGCUGUAAUUUCCAAUUUUGAAACCAUAUUACAUUUUUCAUUGAUGAUAUCUAAUGCUUCUCAAUGUAAGAUUGCAAACUUGCUAUCA